AUGUUGGCAGAGCUCGAUGAGCAGAUACAAGGAAGCCACAUAACAGAAGAUGAAGAAGAACCUGAAGAAAGCCAGUUAGCAUUGCAGCAGUUACUUGAGCAGUUCCAUGUUGCUGCUAAACUAGCAGACUUUUUCAUGAAGAGGACCUUGACAAAUCUAGAAGCAUGCUCAUUUAUUUUUCAGAGGCAGAGCUCCAAGAGUUCUGGUGAGGUGAAGAGAAAGCACAGAUUCCGACCUGGAACAGUUGCCUUACAGGAAAUUCGUCGUUUCCAGAAAGGAGGAGAACUGUUAGUGCCCAGACUGCCAUUUUCACGUCUCAUCCGGGAGAUUCUCAGUAUGCACGGCAACCAGUUAAGAAUUCAAGGAUUAGCAUUAAUGGCCCUUCAAGAAGCAGCUGAAUGUUAUGUUACAACUGUUUUGGAACUGGCUAACUUGUGCUCCAUCCAUGCCAGAAGAGUGACAAUCUUUCCUCGUGAUAUAAAGUUGGUUCGACGUAUAAGAGGAGAUUUAGAGUAGAGGAGUUCUGCU